GUCUCCGGCAGGGGGCGCUGUGCGAAGGGGUCUCCGCRCCCUGCYGCUCCCCGGCCGGCUCCGCGAGGCGCAGGAGCGAGAGGGGCGCUCCGAGGAGGCCUUCCCCAGACCCCCUCCCCUCCCUCCUCCUCCUGAUCCGGGACCAUGUUCACCAGCACCGGAUCCAGCGGCCUGUAUAAAGCACCUUUGUCAAAAGGCCUUUUAAUAAUCCCAAGCACCUUCUCACUUUUGUUGGCUCUACUCUUUCAACAAUACCAGAAGUUCUUUGUGUACAAUCUACAAGCAGUGAAAGAAGAAUUUCAGGUUUGGAGGCUUCUAUGUGGGCGAACAGUAUGCCUGGAUCUCAAAGACACAUUCUGCAGCAGUUUACUCAUCUACAACUUUAGGAUAUUUGAAAGGCGAUAUGGAAGCAGGAAAUUUUCAUCAUUUUUGCUGGGCUCCUGGAUGCUGUCAGUGUUGUUUGACCUACUCCUGGUAGAAGCUGUGGAGUAUUCUUUUGGCCUGACGAUCAAUAGCUUGCCUUCAGGAUUCUUGGGACCUGUAUUCGCACUUUUUGUACCAUUUUAUUGCUCCAUUCCAAGAGUACAAGUGACACAAAUUCUAGGCCAAUUUUCCAUCACGAACAAGACAUUGGUCUAUGUAUUGGGUUUGCAGCUUUUAACUUCUGGGUCUUACAUUUGGAUUGUAGCUUUAAGUGGGCUGAUUUCUGGAAUGUGCUACAGCAGCAGUGUGCUAAAAGUGUACCAGGUACUUUGUAUACCUAAUGGUGUGGCAAGAAUAUUUGCUUGGACUCUCGAGCCAAUUUUCUCAUCCACAGAGCCAUCCAGUGAGACCAGAGUUGGAAUGGGAGCAACUGUGGACAUACAGAGGCAACAGAGAAUGGAAUUACUGGAUCGGCAGAUCUUGAUGUCACAGAUGAGGCGGCAAAGGCAGCAACAGGGUGGAAUAAUUAACUGGAACCGUCUCUUCCCUCCUUUACGCCAUCGGCAUAAUGCAAACUAUCAGGACAAUCACCAGCCUGAACACGAAGGACUGCCUCCAGCUGAGGUUUCUGAAGAACAGGUUGCACGGCUCAUGGAAAUGGGAUUCUCCCGGGUCGAUGCUUUGGAAGCUUUGAGGGCUUCAAAUAAUGACCUUAAUGUAGCCACCAACUUUCUGCUUCAGCACUGAUGACUAGUGAAGAAUUGACAUAUUUGGUGCGUUGUCCAAAGGAGAACCUUAACCAUUUGCGGAAUACGUUCUGGAAUGUCUCAAUCAAGAAGAGGACGUUCUCUCUUUACAUGUGACAUAUCAGAGCAGAAAUGGAUGAUACUGGAAAUAUCUCACCUUUGAAUGGGGAAGCUUUCUGGCUAGGCUGCACUUAAAAAUUACUUUAAAGCAAUUUAAAUAUAAAAAAACCUUCAUUAUUUGAAAAACAGGGAAAGUCCCCCCCCCCACGCCUCCCCCCCCCCAAUAAUUAAGAAGCAGAAAAAAAUUGUGACACCCUCUUUUUUCAGGAAUUACAGUCUUAUACUCUUUUUCUGAUCUUAAAUAUUCUUGUACACUGUGUUUAAUUCACCACCUUUGUUAGCGCUUUAAGAAUAAUGCAUAAUUCCUGGGCCCUUGCAAUGAUGAAAGAGUAAUGUAUUCGGAGGGCUCUGUUAAUAUUUAUGGAAUAGAGUAAAAUAGAUUGAGAGCAUGAAAUCAGAUAAGGAAAAAGGAGAAGGAAGGAAAGCAGAAAGAUUUAUACCAAAAUAAAAUUGAAAGAGGGUUCGUUAAUAGUGUAGGAUGAGUGAUAAGAGAAAAAAAUUCAUGGCUAUUGCUUUAGCUAUAUGUUUCCGUUAAUGUUUCUUAAGCAAACAAAUUAUAAAAGGUCUAUUUGGAGUUCAGAGUAUGGAAUUCAGCAAAAGGAAUUCUAGCCAUGCUCAGAGGCAUUCUCUUGUUUUCCAGGGCAGAGCUUUGGCAUUCAGUAUAGAUCCUCUAUGAAUUAUGGUGAACAAUGGCUCAGAUCAAGCCCUGUACAUGGAUGUACUCUCUCUCCAUGGCAUUGAAACCUGAAUACUUGAAGUUUUUGUCGUCACCUGCAUAAAGGAAAAGAAAACUGCAUGUAAAUUAUCUCUAUUUUAUUGGUACUGGAUACAGGACUGGAACACUAUAUUUUUCCGUCUCAAAUUGCACCACUAGUUUAGUCCUUUCUGAGAGAAAGCCUUUGACCCAUUUUGUGUGCACCUAAUUAGAAGUUCGUGAGUAAACCUUUCUUUAUCCUAAUCACAGUUGAAACUAGAAUAAGGGUAUGGAAAUCGUUCCCACAGAAUGAAGGCUGUGAGAACGGUUAACUGCAAAGAACAUCUAUGUAUUCACUUUUCAAAAACACUUCUGUGCUAUGCAAUAAUGUAUGUGUUUUUUUUUUCCAAA